AUGUUCGACUCAAUGCCUCACAGCAACCUGUGGCUGUCCUUGGUCUUUGUGUUACAGUGUGGGAACUUUGCUGUGCUGGUGGAUCUUCACGUCCUGCCCCUGGGCAGCCAAGAGGACGCCAGCUGGUUUACUACAAGCCACAUCGAGGAAGUAACAACUCUGAUUCGUGGUGCUGUGGAUGUAAGAGUUCAGCAGUAUAUGGAGUCCAUUCAAAACGGAAGACAGCCAAAACACAAAAAGGAGCUAGUACCUGCUGCAGCUUUUAUUGUGAAAGGGAAAUAUUUCAACCUAGUUGCCAAUUUUCUGAAGCGCCACAUCAACCUUCGAUGUAUUGUCAAGCAGCACCAUGGUGAGUUGCGUGUGUUUCCUGAGCGCUACGUUGUGUGUGUGAGCCGUCCAGAGGAUGCCACAGCGAACUAUACAAAACCAAGCUCAACCGCAACCGAGCUGAGCGAACAAAGCAAAUCGGAAUAUUUUUCCAGAGACAGAGAAAUCCAAGAGUCUUUCAACUGCGCCGCAAAAAUAAAGAAGACUGCGCUUCAAAAGAUAGCCCAAAACGUCAAUGUCCAGCAAGAGCAGAAGAUUGAGCAAAGAGCCCAGGUUGAAGACCAAAGUGGGCUCAGAAAUCCAGACACAAGGUCCUUGGACAGUGUCACAGGUGUUGGGAGGACUUCACCUAUAAAGACGGAGCAACAGGUUGCAAGCUCAAAUGCUGUUCAUUCUCCAGACCCGCCCUCAGUAGGUUUGCGCCCACAUGAAAUCCUUCCAGGAAGCAAGCGGAGUAAGAGGACCAAACCCAGUGAUUCAGAAGACCCUCGCCCACUUAAGGCCAAGAGGACAGGCCUCGCUAGCCCUACGGCCGCAACGCAACCUCAGUCCAUACAAAUAUCCCAACGCGACCCUCUUCCUCCAGCCCAAAGCGAGCUGACGUCCAAGGCUUUCCCGGUCUCCGAGUACAAGAAAACCACAGUGGAAGUGGAGCUGCUUACUACAGGGAAACGGGACCAGAGGCUCCCCCUGGCAAGCAAUAACACAGCACAGACGAAGCAAAACAGGCUGGCCGCAAGUCGGAGGGGCCUAUCUGUCAAGCUCGCAUCCUCCCGCUCCUCUAUUAGUUCCAGAUCCACAGGCGAGCCAGAGCAAAGGCAAAAUGUGCCCAGAACCUCCAGAUUACGACUCAAGAGGUCCUGA